GGCUUGCAUGUGAAAUUUUUUGUUCAUCGGAAAAUGGAAAAGACGUAACACUUCAGUCUGUCUUGCGGCGUACCAAAACCCUAAACCCCAUUCCUCUGUCGGUAAUCAAUCGGUCCGUUCCAUUUCUGGCGUCAAUCCUAGAAAAUUCCAAAAUCGCCAAUUCAGUUUGUUGACUUCAAGUCGCGGCAACGGCUUGCCCGAAGCUUUCGAGCAGAGGGUGGAAGAAGGGGGCGGCGGAAGACUGUUUACAGUUGGGAAAGGGGACGACAUGGCAUACGGUGGUGCGGGCUCGGCGAUGACCGCCGGAGCGGCGGCGGCGCCGGCAAUAAGGCAAGUGAAAUUGGAAAAGGAGAGUGAACUUAGAAUUGAAGCCGCCCACGAGACGCCGCUUCGAUUGAGGCUCCUAAACGGUACAGCUGAAAUCUUCGGCACUGAGCUUCCUCGUGAAAUCUGGCUCACAUUCCCUCCCCGCUUGAAGUUCGCUGUGUUUACUUGGUACGGAGCUACAAUUGAGCUGGAUGGCGCCACGGAAACCGACUACACAGCUGAUGAGACACCUAUGGUUAGUUAUGUCAAUGUGCAUGCUAUACUUGAGGGGCGAAGGAUCCAAGCUAAAGCUUCUUCUUCAGGUGACUCUGAACCCACUCAGGGUCCUAGGGUGAUUGUUGUGGGGCCUACAGAUUCUGGAAAGAGCUCAUUGUCUAGGAUGCUGCUCAGUUGGGCAGCAAAACAAGGCUGGAAACCUACUUUCGUCGACUUGGAUGUGGGUCAAGGGGCAAUCACAAUUCCUGGAUGCAUUGCUGCUACCCCCAUAGAGUUGCCUAUUGACCCUGUUGAAGGCAUUCCCUUGGACAUGCCUCUAGUUUAUUUUUAUGGACACACAACUCCCAGUCAAAAUGUGGAAUUAUAUAGAACACUGGUUAAGGAGCUAGCAGAAGUACUGGAGAAACAAUUUACUGGAAACGCUGAAUCUCGUUCUGCAGGCAUGGUGAUCAAUACAAUGGGAUGGAUAGAAGGCGUAGGCUAUGAGCUGCUUCUUCAUGCUAUUGAUACAUUUCAAGCAAAUGUUGUCUUGGUUUUAGGCCAGGAAAAACUUUUCAGCAUGCUGAGGGAUGUGUUAAGGAAUAAGCCUAACGUGGAUGUCGUUAAACUUCAAAAGUCAGGUGGUGUAGUAUCCAGAACUCAGAAACUCCGCCAGAGGUCCAGGAGUUUCAGGAUUAGGGAAUACUAUUAUGGCAUUUCAAAUGAUCUAUCCCCGCACUCCAAUAUAGCAAACUUCAACGAUCUGUUCGUAUACCGAGUUGGUGGGGGACCACAAGCCCCGAGAUCUGCUCUCCCAAUAGGUGCAGACCCAGUUGCCAACCCUCUGAGAGUUGCACCUGUGACUAUUGAUGGUGAUUUGCUCCAUGUCGUCCUAGCUGUUUCAUAUGCUCAAGAACCAGAUCAAAUUGCCUCUAGUAAUGUUGCUGGGUUCAUCUACGUAACUGACAUUGAUCUUCAGAGGAGGAAAAUGACAUACCUGUCACCAACUGCGGGUGAACUACCGAGCAAGUAUUUGGUGAUGGGAACCUUAACUUGGCUCGAGACAUGAGGCGAAACUCCUCGGUUUAGCCCUCAGUACUAACCUUUCCUCCAUGCCUAUGAUGAACUCAGGGUGGCACCAUUUGUCAGAUCUGUGAGUUAGCUGCCUGUCUCCUUUUGAUUGUUGAAUGUGUGGCUUGAUGAAUGUGAACAGUGUAUGCAAAGGGACUAAACACUUCUUCUAAGCUUUAGCGAGACGGCAUCGUGGUGGGAUUGGUAUUGAAUGGUAACCACCGUGGGUACGUCCUCAUCCAUCAAUCUGAUGAUUGAUUGGUCAUUGUGGCCUGUGUGAUGGAAAAACUCGAAUUACGUUUCUGAAAUGUCAGAUGUGAUCCUGAAUGCUACGAACUUGUGACAAACAUAGUCGAUCGAGCUUCAAACCUCCUAGUUCUUUGUAACGUGGACUGACAAUUUCAUUCAUGCGUAUGUCACAAGCACCAUGUAAUCUUGCCUUAAGAAGACCUUAAGCUUUGGUUCCACUUGCUAUGUAGGGGAACUUGUGGAUGCGUACGACCUAGGCUUGACCUAGGCUCGUUCUCUUGAAGAUAAGCUGUCGAGGAUUGAGGUCCUAUGGUUAGAAGGUGCCUGGACGUUUGAGUGGUUCUAUGGCAUGGUCCGUUGGCUACUCUGAAAGGUCUUACAAGUUCUAUUGCGUUGAGCUUGUAGUUCAUUUGAGUUGGUUUUAUGACGAACAUCGUUCAGUCCUACAUCUCAAUUGACUAGAUUUCAUAGCUGAUCUUAUUCUUGGCAAGUCCAAUCUAUAUUCCUUAGUGAUUUUUUUAGCUGUAAAACUAAAAAACUGAGUGAAGUAUGAUUUCUUUUAAUCGUU